AUGGCUUCACUCAGGCAGGAGCACCGCUAUGGUCUGUCCUGUGGAAAAACGGACAAAAACAGCCCCGACAUAACGCUGUACCACGUCAAGCUGACGGACACGGCUGUCAGGGCGCUGGAGGCUUACCAGAACCUCAAGGGAGCUUUACAAAGUCAGCCAUCUAUAUGUUUCAGCAAAAACCAAGGGUGCAUCAAGAUUCCAGCUGCGACACCAGAGGCACCUUCUGCUUUCCGGGUCUUCACCUUCUAUUUAUCAAGCGACAGCAAAGACCAGCCUCAAGCCAGCUUCGACUGCGUCCAUCAGUAUGUCUCAAAUGACGGCCGUGAGCAGCUGGAAGGUCAAGGCAGCAUCCAGGACAAGAUCACCGUGUGCGCCACUGACGACUCCUACCAGAUGACUCGUGAGAGGAUGUCUCAGGUGGAGAAGGACAGCUGGAGCCGCUCAGCCAUUGAAAUCAAACCUGGAGCCACACAUCCCAGUAAGUGUGUCAAGUACCAGAAGAGGCCAUCUUCUGCGUCUGCUUCGGAAAGUAACUUCUAUAAACAGCCAACUAGCAUCCGGAGGAGUGACAACAUGGCCGCCCUCAUUCAGAAGCCCUUGAAGGAACGCAUCAUCCACCUGCUGGCACUGAAGUCGUACAGGAAACCGGAGCUGCUUCUGUGGCUGGAGAGAGAACGAGCCGGAGCCAAGGACAAGGCCGAGCUGAACGCCGUACUGGAGGAGGUAGCCAAACUGAACCCCAAAGACAGCAGCUUCUCGCUGAAGGACGACCUGUUCAAGGAGGUGCAGAGGGACUGGCCGGGCUACAGUGAGGAGGACAAGCAGCUGAUCAGCAAGCUGCUGGCCAGAAAGCUGCAGCCACAAAUCAGCAAUCAACCAAGAAAUCCUGAAGCACAUUUUUCAGCUACAAAGAUCUCAGAAGAUCAAAGUGUCACAAAAAAUAUUUACGUGAAACGCCCCGUGCCUUUCGACUCGCAGGAGAGACUCGCCAUCAAGAGACAAAAACUUACAGACCAGAGGUCACAACGUCAGUCUGUGGACAAAGGACUCGUAAACAACAAAGAAGUACAAAGUAACACAACGCUGAUACAAAACCCCAGUUUCAACUCAAACUCUGAACCUCAAAGGACACGUGACCAUACUGAUAACCAGUGCGGCCUCACUGGAAGCCACGGCAGCUUUCUGUUAAUGCAUGAACUGCACAGCCCCUCUGACGAACUUGUUUCUGAGAGCAAGGAGCCGGAUUCUAAAACAAACGGCCUCCAGCCGCCUCCAUGUGAUUCAGACUGCGCUCAGCAGCCCCUCACCAACAACCAGCACAGAAAGAAGAAGUCUAAAAAGCACAAGGACAAGGAGCGGGAGAGGUUAAAAGACGACAAGGACUCCGAGUGGAUCAAGUCGAGUCCAGAUCUCAAGCAGAAUCCAGAUAAAGACGACAAUCCUGACAUCACAAGUGCUGUGGCCUCUGAGGAGAAACAGGAUUAUGUGCUCACAUAUAGCGCCAUAACGAGUUUGGAUCAACGUCGGAGGUACCAGGAGGAUUUCUGUGCAGAGUACGAUGAGUACAAAGAUCUCCAUUCCCGAAUCGCUGCCAUAACUCACAUAUUUGUUCAGCUGGGGUCCAAGAUCAAGAGCCUGUCUCCCGGCACACGAGAAUAUAAGCUAAUGGAAGAGCAAAUACUUGAAAAGUACAAGAAGUAUCGGAAGAAGUUUCCAAGCUACAGGGAGGAAAAGAAACGCUGCGAGUAUCUUCAUGGAAAACUGUCGUACAUCAAACAGCUCAUCGUGGACUAUGAUCUCUCUAAAGCCUCCUUAUAGCGUUUUCCUUCCAGAUCUUAAUAUCUGGGACCAUUUACUUUGGCUACACUACAAAGAGUUUUGACCUGGAGGAGAUCUGAAUGGAGACUGCAGCUGCCAGAGCUUCUGCUGGGACCAAGGAUUUUCUUAUAAGCUCUAAUAUAUCAGUCAUGGAUUCUGCUCUGAACUUCUGACUGUCCUAUUUUUAUUUUUAAUAACGUCAAAGGGAAAACCCAAGUUAAAAAUCAUUGGACGACAUUAGGAUGGAAAUG